AUGGGCAACGGCGCCAAGGCACAGCAGAAGCGUGAGCGCAACAACGAGAAGGGCGGAAAGGCUGCCAAAUCGCAGCUCAAAGUGAACGCCCAGGCAAUGGACAUCCAGUGCCAGAUCUGCAAGUCGACAUUCUUGAAGACCACAAAGGCUCCCGCGUACGGCGUUCCUCCCUCACAUGAUAUAUCCAGAUUGGGCCAUGGCUAA